ACUGACUUCUCUUCCUUUCUCCUUUCAGGGACGGGUUCCAGCAUCCUUUCAACUCUUCAGGAUCUCUCUUGGCUGUCCAAGUCGAAAAUUGAGAAGCAACUGCAGAUCAUUUCAGUGCUACAAUGGGUGAUCUCAUUCCUUGCUAUGGGUAUUAUUUGCACCAUUAUCCUUGUAUAUAUACUCUGCACAGACUGUUGGCUUAUAGCAGUCCUGUACUUGGCGUGGUACGCCUUUGACUGGGACACUCCUAGGAAAGCCGGAAGAAGAUCGCAGUGGAUUAGGAACUGGGCCAUCUGGAGAUACUUCCGUGACUACUUUCCAAUCCGAAUGGUCAAAACUCACAACCUGCCCCCUAACAAGAAUUACAUUUUUGGCUACCACCCGCAUGGGAUCCUAUGCCUGGGGGCCUUCUGCAAUUUCAGCACCGAGGCCACAGGAGUGAGCCAGUUAUUCCCCGGGAUACGGCCGUACGUCACUACGCUCACGGGGAACUUCAGGUGGCCCAUUUUGAGGGAUUACUUAAUGACUGGAGGUAUCUGCCCUGUGAACCGCAACACCAUAGACUACCUCCUUUCCAAAAAUGGCAGUGGCAAUGCUGUCAUCAUCGCGGUCGGGGGCGCCGCAGAGUCCUUGAACUGCAUGCCGGGGAAAAACUGUGUGACUCUGAAGCACCGGAAGGGAUUUGUGAAGCUGGCAUUAAGACACGGGGCAGAUCUUGUCCCCAUAUACUCGUUUGGGGAGAAUGAAGUCUUCAAACAGGUCAUCUUUGAAGAGGACUCGUGGUGCAGAUGGGCACAGAAAAGAUUGCAGAAAUAUAUUGGCGUUGCUCCGUGCAUCUUCCACGGACGAGGUGUCUUCUCCUCCAACAGCUGGGGGUUGGUGCCUUUCUCCAAGCCCAUCACUGCCGUCGUUGGGGAGCCCAUCACAGUUCCCAAAAUUGAUAAUCCGAGCCAGAAGGAAAUAGACUUUUAUCACAGCCUGUACAUGCAGUGUCUGGUGAAGCUCUUUGACAAGUACAAGACGAAAUUUGGCCUGACAGAGAUGGCGACUUUGGAGAUCAACUGACGGCGCCCACAACGGCGUUUCUGGUCCUAUUUGUUGGCAAGCUUGGACAUCAGCGCCCAAAGACACUCUUUCUGCCAGAGUCCUCUUGCUUUGUGUUCUGGUCUGUGGAAUUGGGGAAAUGAGCGUGGAUCUGUGGAAAGAGAAAAUAAGUUGUCUAAAUAAUCAAACAUUAGACCUCUCUAGCAACAGUGUCUGUUCGGCUGGGGACAGAGCCGGGCUGCCCCCUCAAAGCGGUAGCGCAUCCCCCCACCCCACCUCAGUCACCGAGAAGGGAGGGCAUUUGACUUCCCCUUUGCCACCAUUCAGGGAUGUGCAGAUUUCCCUGGAUGAGAAGCAGUGGGGACCAAGCCAGCCACCUUUAUGCCAGUUAGAGGCCACGGCCUCUCCAAGAGAGGCCUGGCAUUGAAUGGGGACCUUCUUCACGCAGAGCAAGAGGUCCAUCAUCGACUUGUGCCAUGUCGUCGCUUCUAUGGAGAGGGAAGGCAAUGGGGAAAUGGAUAAGAAAUGGGGGGAAAGGGGAAGCAUUGAGUUUCGCUGGCAGCCUGGGUCCUUCUGCAUGUUUUGGAAUCGCAUGCCCUAUUGUGCUGACCCUUCUAAUAAGCUUUCUGCCUUAGGGACCUGUGUGAAUCUGGAAUUUCAAGGGUUCGGGGAAGGGUAGGGUGGAAGUGGUGGAGGGGGAGAACCCAGCUGAACUAGUGCAGCAGUUCUUAGGUGGGUUGGUUGACUGCAGCUGGGUCCUGCACCUGCUGGACCAGAUUGGUUCGAGACCAGCUGGUUGUAUUCACACCAGAUGCUAAGCUUUGAUUUGCUUUUUUUUUCUUUCGUGGCUUCAUGGGUUGAGUGAACCCAGCUUAUUGGGUUAAUUGAUGAUUCAGGGUAUUGUGCAAACACUACUGUAUAUAAAUGCCAGGGAGAAAAGUUUUGUAGACUGAAAGGGUGGGUGGGUUGCUAGUUCUGUUUUUGUCGGGAGAUGUUUAUGGAUAGACACAUGUUGGAGAGUUUCGACAGGCUGAGUUUUCCCUGGAGUGCUGAAAUCUCUGCGGUUAGCCUUACCUUUAAAGCUUCACUUUCUUUUUCUUUUUUUUUGGAAAUCCUACAAAGCUUUGCCCAUCCUACAGAUGUCACCCCUCCAAAACAAUUCUUCUUUGACUGGCUUUGUGCAACUUCUCUCUGAGAUCCUCCGGUGCCUGGAAUUCCUUCUCAGCAACUACAGCCACCAUUCUCUCCUACUUUACUCAGUUUCCAACAUGGGCACCCCCUUCCCCCUCAUCUACAGCUGAAACCUCAGCCCCAGUAUGAUUGGGUUAACAUAUGCUAAACGGUAGAUUGUUUAACCAUGUUUUAUUGGGUAAAGUGUAACUGGCUGGGGGUACAUGGCUUGCUAAGCCCUAAAUCAUGGUGUGCUGGGUUUUCAGAAGCUAGACCAAAACCAAACAAAUUCCAUGUUGGCAUCUUCAGGAGGAAAGGGAGCAAAUUAUGUAAUUUGCAUCAUUUCCAAGGAUGACAUGGAAAGUAAGAUGUCAUUGUGGCUUAAAUCAGAUGCCUGUGGGCUUCACCCAGGUGUCAGCUCAUCCCUUCUUUUCACCUUUCUGUUACCUUGGCCAUGUCAUAAUUUCGAUUGGUAAAUGUUUGGGGUGGAGAUCUGCUUUUAAAGUUUCCCUGGCUUUGCAAAGCAUGCAAAACCCCAGCCGUGAUGCUCUAGAAAUAGUUUACUGUCCAACAGGGUUUUUCUCAGUUGUACCUCCAUCAAAACAAGAGAGACCAACCUGUGGCCCCCCCACAUCACCCCAAGAUUGUUCUUCCCAAAUUGAGCUGCAAAACAGCCAAAUUUUUGCACUGCAGUUUCAGGCUGUGGGGGAGAAGAGGGUGAAGGGGGUUUUAAGGGUGGGAAAAAUAGGCAAUAAAACUGGAUGGUAUCAUGCUGUCAGUGGACAGUUCCAUGUGGCCUUACAAAAUAUUGCCCACCCCUUCAAGGCAUGUAGAAACAUCCGUUGCGAUGUGUGUUGAUCAUCUAAAAAAGAGAAUUUAAUCCAGUCCUGUCAGAGGAAACUUUUGGGGGAAACUUUUGGGCUUGCAACUUUGGCAAUUUUUUAAAGAAUGCAAAAGUGAUUAUGACUCAAUUCAGCAAUCGAUGUAUAUACCCUAGUUAUCUGGCGUAAUGUAUUGACUGUUUCUAAAUGUUUAUAUGCAUGUGGACCGAUGCUUUGUAGAGGAAUAUAUUCAGAGCCUAUCAAGCUGACAUAUUAAAAUAUGUUUAAAUGUUUUGCACUAUUGUAUGUUUAACCUAUAGCCUUCAAGUAUUUUAAUUGCCAAUGAUGACUGAAGCUCUAGAUGUGCCUUUGUGUAAUGCAGUGUUUUUCAAGCUUGGCCACUUUAAGAUGGGUGGACUUCAACUCCCAGAAUUCCCCAGCCAGCCAUGCUGGCUGAGGAAUUCUGGGGUUGAAGUCCACCCUUCUUAAAGUUGUUUAAGUUGAGAAACACUGGUGUAAUGCAAAAAAAUAGGGUUUAAUUAGUUUCCUAGGUUCUCAGGAUUCCUCAGAUCCUGACCAGGCUACAUAAAUAUUCAUUCAGAAGAAUAAGAAUGCUUCAGUCUUUAGGCAUUUCAUGGAGUACACUGUACAUGGGGGUUGGGAGGGAAGAUUUUGUAUAAAUUUAUAGAAAUAAACAUUACACAAAAAUA